UUCCUAUCCCAAUCAGGCACCGAGUGUGGAUGUGAUUCCAGCCUCUGAUUUACACAAUGCACCGGGGCAAAGGCUGCUGAUGGAUAUAGAUAUACCGGCAUGAACAGGGGAAGAUUUCCACCUUACUCAACAUGGCUGCACCCUUCCAGUGGGCACGGUAUCAGUGGCAUCAUAUUACAUCUGCAGACAGCAGCAGGAAUGAGACUGCGGGCACUGAUAGCUCUUCCCCUUCACACCGACCGCUGGGACUGGGUAGAAGCACCAAAGGAACUUCCAAAAUGUCUGGUAAACACCGGAUUAUUGUCCCAUGUUUGGAUCACUUUAAGGACGAGUAUGAAAAGUUAACCAAAGGGUACAAGAACAAUCGUAUACGGACUACAAAGUAUACUUUACUGAACUUUGUACCGAGGAACCUGUUUGAACAAUUUCAUAGAGCUGCCAACCUGUACUUCCUGUUCUUGGUCUUUUUAAACUGGGUUCCACUGGUGGAAGCCUUCCAGAAGGAAAUUACCAUGCUCCCACUUGUAGCUGUCCUUACAAUCAUUGCCAUCAAAGAUGCUCUUGAAGAUUAUAGAAAGUACAAGCUUGAUAAAGUCAUCAACAACUUAUUAACUCGGGUAUACUGCCGGAAACAGAAGAAGUACAUUGAAACUUGUUGGAAAGAUGUGUAUGUGGGCAAUUUUAUUCAACUCCGGUGUGAUGAAAUAAUACCCGCUGAUAUGGUGCUUCUACACACUUCGGAUCUCGAUGGCAUUUGCCAUAUUGAAACCUCUAGUCUUGAUGGUGAAACUAACUUGAAGCAAAGACAAGUGUUAAAAAAUAAUGGCAUGAUUUAUGAAUUUGAUCCUGAGCAGUUUUCUGGCAGAAUACAAUGCGAAAGUCCAAACAGUGACAUUGGGAGAUUCAAAGGCUUCCUAGAUCGCCCGAACAAAGAAAAAAUUGGUCUCAGUAAACAGAACUUGUUAUUGAGAGGAUGUGUGGUACGGAAUACCGAGACCGUGGUCGGCAUUGUGGUUUAUGCAGGUCAUGAAACCAAAACCAUGCUGAAUAAUAGCGGCCCUCGGUAUAAGCGCAGUAGACUGGAGAGGAGCCUAAAUACCGAUAUACUGUGGUGUGUCCUGAUCUUAAUCGUCAUGUGUUUAAUCGGCGCUUUUGGUCAUGGCAUUUGGUUGGCUGGGUUCCCAGAAUCCCCUAUUUUCACCAUUGUAGAAUCCAGCGGACAGCAAACCCCUCCAGCGCUGGCUGGAUUUUAUAUGUUUUGGACGAUGAUCAUCCUGUUACAGGUGCUGAUACCCAUCUCUCUCUACGUUUCCAUAGAAAUAGUUAAAUUAGGACAAAUUUACUUUAUCCAAAAUGACAGCGAUUUCUACUGUGAAAAAUCAGACUCGAUCAUUGAGUGCAGGGCGCUCAAUAUUUCAGAAGACCUGGGACAGAUCCAGUACAUAUUUUCCGACAAAACUGGAACGCUCACUGAAAAUAAAAUGGUUUUCCGCAGAUGCAGCAUCGCUGGCAUAGAGUAUUCCCACGAAGCCAACACAAAGAGACUGGAUUCCUAUCAGGAAUCUGAUAUCCAUUGUGAGGAUCAGUCCACCACUGUUUCUUGCAGUAACGAGUCUAAAAGGAGAAGUCUCAGUCCAAAAGUUGUGAGGACGACUGUGAGCAGCAAGUCUUUGAACCAAUUUUCUGCCAGCAGCGGUGAAGUCGGUGCUGAUGGAGCUGGUGUUCCUCCACAUCCCAGGCACGUCGCUUUUAGCAGCCCUAUGGAGAAAGAUGUAGUACCAGACCCAGUUCUCUUGAGGAAAUUUUACCAGAUCAAACCUCAAUCACUAUGUGAAGCUGAAGAAGUUGCUCUGGAGACCUCUUACAUCGUGGAUUUCUUUCUUGCUUUAGCUAUCUGUAAUACAGUCGUGGUGUCCUUACCCAAUCAGCCACGUCAGAAGGUAAGAAUGCCAUCACUGAUAAAAACACCAUUGAAAUCCUUAGAAGAAUUCAAGCAAAUGUUCCAGAGGUUCAGCGUCCGCAAACUUAGUUCAUCGUCCCUACCAAGCGCUAGAGAAUCUUCAGAAAACGGCAAUAAUUUUGUGAGCAAAUUAUUUUUCAGCAGGCUGAAGCUGGCUUCACCAACCGCUGAUGAAGAGGACAAGUCUAUUAAUGAACUCCAUACCACAGAUAGUUUGGACUCCAUAAAUGAGAUGGACCAUGAGUGUCUGAACGAGUCGGAGCACGCGGGUGCCUGCGACGCUCUGGAUAAGUCGGCUGCCUAUGAGCUGUGCUACGAGGCAGAGUCUCCUGACGAAGCGGCGCUGGUUCACGCUGCCAGAGCUUACAGAUGCACUCUCCAGUCCCGCACGCCUGAUCAGGUCACGGUGGAGAUUGGUUUUCUGGGGCCAUUGACAUUUCAGCUUUUGCACAUUUUACCUUUUGACUCGGUGAGAAAAAGGAUGUCCGUAGUUGUACGCCAUCCCAUUUCCAAUAAAGUGGUGGUUUACACGAAAGGCGCAGACUCUGUUAUAAUGGACCUUUUAUCUCCAGCCUCCGGAGAUAACAAAUCAGAAUUGCUGCAGACAGAUAUCCGAAAGCUGACUCAGAAACACUUAAAUGAAUAUGCCAAAUGUGGGCUCCGCACGCUAUGCAUUGCCAAAAGGGUAUUGUCUGAUUCUGAAUAUGCAGAAUGGCUACAAGCUCACUUCUUGGCAGAGACUAGUAUUGAUAAUCGUGAGGAGCUGCUUUAUGAUUCUGCAUUAAGACUGGAAACAAAACUAACUCUUCUUGGUGCUACUGGAAUAGAAGAUCGGCUGCAGGAAGGUGUCCCAGAGACCAUAGCGGCAUUACGAAAAGCUGGGAUCAAAAUCUGGAUGCUGACUGGCGACAAACAGGAGACUGCUGUGAACAUUGCUUACGCCUGCAAACUGCUAGAACAUAGCGAUAAACUGUUCGCGCUCAACGUACAGAACAAAGAAACCUUUGAGGUUUGGAUGAACACCAUUAUCGAUGAAAUCGAGAGAAGUAUUUCACAAAACGAUCCUCCGAGGAAAGCAAGCGAUUUUCCAUGUGUUUCCUCUACUGCAUCGGAGCUGCACUUUGGCUUGGUGAUUGAUGGAAAGAGUCUGGAGCUUGCGCUUCAUGAAACCAUGCAGACCAAGUUCCUCCAGCUGACCGGGAGGUGCAGGGUCGUCAUCUGCUGCAGGGCAACGCCUCUGCAAAAAAGCAAAGUGGUGAAACUUGUCCGGAAUAACCUGCAAGUUAUGACCUUGUCGAUUGGUGAUGGUGCCAAUGAUGUCAGUAUGAUUCAGGUUGCGGAUAUUGGCGUGGGUGUUUCAGGCCAGGAAGGCAUGCAGGCGGUGAUGUCAAGCGAUUUUGCAGUUUCCCAUUUCAGACAUCUAAGGAAACUGUUGCUUGUUCACGGUCACUGGUGCUACACAAGACUUGCCAAUAUGAUACUAUACUUCUUCUACAAAAAUGUGAUGUUUGUGAACCUUUUGUUCUGGUACCAGUUUUACUGUGGCUUCUCUGGAACAGCAAUGACAGAUUUUUGGAUGCUGAUUCUAUUCAACCUUCUCUUUACUUCGGUUCCACCAAUAAUUUAUGGAGUUCUCGACCAAGAUGUGUCUGCAGAUACCUUAACACUACUUCCUGAACUGUACAAAUCAGGCCAAACAUCGGCGGCAUACCGGCCGUCAACAUUCUGGCUCACGAUAUUGGAUGCUUUCUAUCAAAGCUUGGUGUGUUUCUUCAUCCCAUUGUGUACUUACUUUGACUCUACUGUGGACAUCUAUUCUUUUGGUAACCUUAUAAUAACACCAGCCCUGUUGGUGGUUUUGCUUCAUCUAAUAAUUGAAAGUAAAAGCAUGACUUGGAUUCACUGGGCUGUCAUUAGCGGCAGUAUUCUUUCAUACUUCCUCUUUACUUUGGCAUUUGGAGCCGUUUGUGUUAAAUGCAACCCACCCGCCAACCCAUACUGGAUUAUGCAAAAACACAUGACGGAUCCAACUUUCUACCUUGUGUGCCUUCUGUCUGUCAUUGUCGCACUGCUACCUCGAUACGUUUACAGGGUAUUUCAAGGAACUGCAUUUCCCACUCCACAACAAAGAGCGAAGCAGCUAGAUGUUAUGACUCCUGAGGAGCGUUCGUACGCCAUUAAACAGUGGAUGGGCACCAAUGAUUUUAAGUGUGAAAAUUCUUCACUCCAGACAGCAGAUGGGAGCAGUCCUACAAAGAAAAGAGAGGAGGCGACCCGCAUGUUACCUGCGGACGUAGACCCCACACAUCCAAACUAUGUGCUAGUUUAAUAGCAGGACCU